CUCGGGCCAUGCCACAGCUCUGCAAAAGCAGCGGCAAACGUCUGCGUAAAUCAAGCCCACAUGCUAGCUAUUACCGCCUUCUCUCUUUCAAUCAGUCCCAGACACGUAUCCCCAAUGCCAGGUCACACAUGCCCUCUACCGCUGACCGCGGAACAUUGGCGGUGAUGCCCUUCCCGGGUCACGAUAGCUCGUUGAUUGGGCAUGGCCUUUACUAGCGACAAACUCACUGCUAGCAUAGAGUCCUCUCCUACCUUAAUUGCCAACCAGUGACAGCUCCGUCCAAGCCAGGCCAAUGAGUAAACUCAGCCAGCCACAGCGCCGGAGAAUGAGGCUAGCCAGUUAGAGACGAGACGAAGCCAAAGCAGG